CGAGAGGUCAUAUGAUGAGCUGCGUCAGCAUAAAACAAAGCUAGAAUUUUCCACCUCAAAUGACUGGCUGCAAACUUUUUUUUUUUCAAUGGCAACUGGUUUAGAGAAAAAAGCAGUCCUCUAACAGCUUGACUGAACCAUGUUCAAACGUGCAAAGAAGGAAUUAGCCAAGCAGACCAUCGCAACUGAAGAGUUUGCUGCGAGUGAUGACGAGGAGCAGUAUCUUGGUGCUUCGUCCGAUUCAGACAUGGACGAUGAUCUGGACAAUGUUGGUGGUCUUGACUCUGACGUCGACGAAGACGACGAUAUUGAAGACAGCGUUGACCUGAAGGAACUUAUUCGACAAAAGGCAGAGGAGUCAGGUGAAGAUGACCUUGAUUUGGACGACGAAGAAGCUCUUAAGAAGUUGAUUGAGGAAGAAGGUCUUGCUGAUUUGGAUGACCUGGAAGACUUGGAAGACGAAGGCAGUGAGAACGACGAAGAAGAGGACGGCGAUGAAGAGGGUCAAGAUUCUGCGGAAGAAGAAGGAGACGCCGAAGAAGAUGCAGAAGGGUCAGCCGCCGAAGAAGAGGAUGAAGGCGACAUGAUCUAUUCCUGCAAAAUCUGCCCUCACCGAAUACUAAAGAAUGAAAAGGCUGUUGAAGUCCAUUUACAAGGAAAGGAACAUAACAGAAGAUUACGGUAUCUCCAAAAACAAGGUGUGGAAGAAGUUGAACCGGCCAAACCAGCUGGAGCCAAGAAGGCUAAGAAGAAGGAAGAGAUGGCCAAGCGUAAAGAAGAAAAGAAAGAAGAAAAACGAUUAAAAGAAAAAGAGCGUCGCAAGGCAUUGAAGCGAAAAAGAUGGGAGAAGAACCAGCCAGCUGAGAACGGAUCUAACAAGAAGCAGCGAGCUGCGCAAACUGGAAAGGCAAAGAAGUAGUAGAUAGAACAGCUGGCUGUAUGACAGAGCAAGUUCUCGUGAUACCAAUAGAAAUGAAGCAUAGCAUGAUUAAAAAAAAAGUACGUUACAAUCGAAC